UGUUCAGUCUGCUCCAAGUUGCUGGCCAAUUCGAAUUCCCUGAGGAACCACAUGAAGCUCCACACGGGAGAAAAGCCUCACAUCUGUCAGCAAUGUGGGAAGUGUUUCAGACAGAAAGGUAUGUAAGGUGUGAUCCUGCAGCUGCAGCAAUCCGAUCAGCAGUCAGCUGUGAUCAUUCUGAUGGAGCUAGACAUUUGUCUGACAGUUUAUCUUGUUUAAGGCCGCCAUGUUUGACCUGUAAAAUAAUCUGGACAUUAAAUCAGUUCAAAGGAAAACUCUUAAAUCUGUAUAUGCAUGAGACAUAUUUCAUAGGUGCCAACAAGCAAUCAUAAUAACCACGACAAACAAAAUAAAUAACAAAUGUUAAAAUAUGUAAAAAUGAGCUAGGUUAAAUUAAUGGUUCAGAUUUUAUAAGAGUUUUAAUUGUUAUCCAAACCUAUGUGAUUGUUUUUUUUUUAAUUCAUCCUCAACAAUAGGACUAAAUCUAAAUGCAGUUCACAUAACAGCAUCAAGGCUCUUUAAAUAGAAUAUAUCGUAUUUUCCGGACUAUAAGCCGCUACUUUUUCCCACGCUUUGAACCAUGCGGCUUAUAAUGAGGUGCGGCUUUAGUCAACCAGAAAGGAUGUAUGCUAGAAAGUCUAAUGAAGGAAUGGUUAAAGGAGUGCUACGGAAAGCACCCAGGAUGAUUUUUUCACAGUAAAACGGCGCUGCGUGUUUUCCCAGCUUCACCCCGGGAUGAUGACAGCAACACGGAGAGCGACACUAACAUCGCCACAGAAAAGGGAACCUAGAGUACCAUUUGAGACUUCACAGAGGAGAGAGGCCGUUUCCCUGCCUCGAGUGCAGCCAGGCUUUCACCCAGAAGCUUGAUCUCCAGCGACACAUGUUCUCCCACACCAAAGGGGGAUUUCUCUGCAGCUUCUGUGGGAAGUCUCUGAGGGACCCCCACAGCCUGAGGUACCACGAGAGGCUGCACACUGGAGAGAGACCCUAUUGCUGCUCUGUCUGCGGGAAAGGCUACACGCUGGCCACCAAACUGAGGAGACACAUGAGGUCUUCCCAUCUGAAAGAAAAGCCAUACAGUUGCUCCUGCGGUGCUUCCUACACUGUGAAACAAAGUCUGCUGAGACACCAGGCACAGCACAGGAUGGAGGCAGGAGGUCAGAAGGAGGUGGAAGGAGAACAGAGAGAGGAGGUAGACCAAAAUGCUGAGCAGGAGCCAGAGGCUUUAAGCUGUAGUCACUCUAAACCGGUUCGAGGCAGACCAAAGAAAGGUCUGCGCCUUCAAGAGUCUGGGGGGAGGGGAGGAGGAGAUGCUGAGCAGAGAAGAGAGCUAGGAGAAGAUGAGAUCAUGAGUGUUGAAACAGCAACCAGAGGAGCAGAAGAGACUCCAGGCGACGUCCAGCACACUGUUGUCUAGGUCCACUCAGAUGACCUGUCUGCACCGACCUCCACUCCCCUGCUCCUAGAUGCAGAGGACUUGCUGCCUGCAGGAACAGAGCCAGGGCUGGUGGAGGUGGUGAUAUCGGAUGGCGUGGAGCAGUGCAUCAUGGUCCAGGGUCAGCAAAUGGUGGGAGAGCUGCUGAUCCUGCAGGAGGAAGAGGGUGGACUCUGCACUGUGGCUCAGACUGUUGAGAUAAAAACAAUAUAACCAAAACCCUCAGCUGGAGCGUCUCAGGCCAGUGACUCAGUGAACCUCCCUUCUUCCAGCCUACCUCAACUACAGGUGUUGUGUUCAUGGCAGGAAGGAUUUAAAGUGGUUAAAUGCUAAUUUUACACAAAAAUUCCAGCAAACAAAGAUGGAACCUUGUUUUUAUUUUAUCAUGCCUGUGUAUGUUGCCAACACUCGACUCCGAAAUUAGUUGAUUUUUGUUGAUGGGGAGAACUUACCUCGUCACAUUCCUGUAAAAGUGCACUGAAAAUAUCCCAGCGUUACAUCACUUCUUCAACAUUUACCUGGUUAUCUCCUGGAGGCAAAGGAAUAGAAUAAAACUUCAGUGAACUUCUGGAAAGUGGCUGACUGUGUGAGCGCAGACUCCAAUAAAAUCCAAAAUAAUACAGAAAUGGGAAAUCCUACAUUUCAAAUUGUAUUUUUUUUAUUUUUUGUAAAAGCAGUUUUCAUAAGGAAACAAGGAGCAAAGGAACAGAUGAAACAGUCUCAAUACCCAAGCAAACUAACUUCCUGAUUCUUUCCAAAUUCAGACUGUGAAAAGGUUUUUUGGUCCUGGUUAGGGAUGUAAGAAAAUGUCGAUAUGGCAAUAUGUCAUUAUAAAUUUUCAAGCGAUAUAUCUAUAUUCAAAAGCCGUGUAUCUAAUUUUUUGGAAAAAUUUACAUGCAUUUAUGUAUUUUCUUUUCUUUUGGUGCAAUUCAAACACCAACCGCUAAAUGGCAGCAGUGUGCGAUGGGGUUUGUUUCCACCAUUAAUAUGUAAAUCCCUCUGUUAUGGUUCAGAUACCUGAUGUUAAACAUGUUACAUAUCAGUUUGGACUGUUUAUCGAAUAUUCCUAUGGAAAAAUCAGUCUAAAGAAUCGCUAAUAUCGACUGAAUUUAUGGCAAUAUAUCGUGAUACAUUGUAUCCUUUCCCUGUAUUGUGAUACUUAUCGUAUCGCCAUACACAUCCCUAGUCCUGGUGAUCCACGGCACAAGUGUGGGAGGCAAAAAGGCUCAUAACUCAUGGAUGUAAAGGCAAAUGGGUUCAAAUCGGUUUGUUCAAACACGAUCUAGUGACUAAUAAAUGCUGGUACAUACAAAAAAGCCCCAUUAUGUAUAAAACAAUAAAAACACAUCUAGUAUGGAACACUUUCACCUCUAAUGCACGGGUUAGCUUUAGGUUGUUUAUAAUUGGUCAUGCUGUGGUGGUGAUGUGGUGCAAUUGGGUCCUUUUUACAAAAGGCAUAAACGGGGUAUGGGGGCGGUCUCUGCACUGCUGCAGACUUCCGCUUAACUUGGACAUAACUUGGGUUUUAUUGCGAUCGAAGCCACACUCAUUAGUUUUUUUUUUUGUUCUUUUUAACAAGCCGCUCCUUAAGGUGUCUGUCCCCCACAGUCCAUGCAGUCACUGGUGAUCUGACCUCCAGCUCUAACAGAGAGAAGCUCCAGGAGCGCUGCAUCGCUCCAGAUUAUCAUCUCAGCUGAUUCUGUUCACAAAAACAAAACUUAGGCCUGUUUUUACUUUCAUUUUAGUUGCCGCCCGGGGCUCGGCAGUAAUGGUCCAUUCCCUUCUGUACCGGGUCGGCCCGGGCCGGGUAGCCCCAGUCGGCCCCAGCCUGGCCCGGUUGAUUCCACAAAUCCUUGUCUUAAGCCCAUGUGGGCUGAUUCUACCCACCAAUCAGAGGCUUGCUCUAAUGCAGACCUGGGCAUUUUACGGCCCGCGGGCCACAUACGGCCCUUUGGUUGACUUUGACCGGCCCGCGUAAGGUUAAUUGGAAAUUACAAAAUAAAUGUAUUUUCUCAUUUUACCUCAUGCAUGGGCUAAGGCUGCAUUGCUUUUAUUUUGAAGUUGUUUUUUACGUGCACAAUGACGCAAUACGUAUAGCAACAAGUGCCCGCGGUUGACAGGGUGAUUGUAGCCCGAGAAAUGUCCGCUCAUGCAAAAAAAAAAAAAAAAAAAAAGAAAGAUGCCGAAUGCAGGAUUUUCAACAAAAAUUGGACUGCUAAGUAUUUUUUUUUACUGAAUUCGGAGGUAAAGCCGUGUGUUUGGUUUGCGGGGAGGAGAUUGCCGUGUUUAAGGACUACAAUUUGAGUCGGCAUUACGACAAGAAACACUCGGAAAAAUACAAGAACUCAUCUGAUGCUGAGAGGGCACGGACAUCCGAAGCUUUGCUAGCAAAGUUGCAAAAGCAGCAAGGCUGUUUUACUAAGCUUCACACAUCCAGGGAUGCAGCAACCAGGACCAGCUUUGUGAUAUCCCACAAAACAGCUAAAGACAGCAAGCCGUUUUCAGAGGGAGAGUUUGUCAAAGAGUGCAUGGUGGACUCUGCCGCACUAAUAUGCCCUGAAAAAAAGGCGCAUUUGAGCAAAUCCCGCUGUCCAGGCGAACCGUGACCAGGAGGAUCGAGGACAUUGCGGGGAACCUGGAGCUUCAGCUGCAACGUGAAGUGGCAAGUUUUGACUUUUUCUCAUUAGACGAGAGCUGUGAUGUCCGCGACACAGCCCAGCUGCUCGUAUUUGUCCGGGGGAUAACGGAGCUCACAGAGGAGCGGGCAGCAAUGCGGCCGAUGAAAGGGACAAAGACAGGGAGUGAUCUUUUUACAGAGGUAAAUGCGUGCACGGACACUCUGGGAUUGAAAUGGGAGAGACAGUCAGGUGUCACAACAGACGGUUGUCCAAAUCUUACAGGGAAAAAUGUCGGACUUUUGAAACAUAUGCAAGAUAAAGUGACAGAAAUCGAUGCAGAUCAAAAAUUGGUGUUUUUUGCAUUGAAUUAUACACCAACAUGUGUUUUGCAAGUCAGUGCUAAAAAUCAACCAUGUUACUGAUGUUGUUACUAAAAUAAUAAACUUCAUCAGGGCGCGGGCAAUGGAUCACAGACAGUUUGUCGCUCUUUAGGAGGACUCCACACAGCUGUCAGAUGGCUCAGCCUGGGGAAAGUGCUGAAGAGGGUUUGGGACUUGAAAGCAGAGAUUCAGGAUCUCUGCUGGAUUUCUACUCUUCUCUUAAGGAGGAGCACUUUCCAAACCUGAAGAGACAUGCUCAGAAGAUGUUGGUUUUCUUCGGCUCUACCUACAUUUGUGAACAAACAUUUUCAAUGAUGAAGUUUACAAAAUCCAGGUAAAGAUCCUCUCUCACUGAUGAUCAUUUGUCAGCUGUGCUUCGCAUCUCCACCUCAGACAUUCAACCUGACUGAUGCACUCGUUAAAGCCCAGCAGAGACUAGAUUUCUCUCAUUGAAUAAGAAAAAAUCGCUUAAAAACACAAAAUAAGGUGUUUGGACCACAAAUGUAGGCAACUAGCAGUGAACUGGGACACUUUUUUUUAAACCUCUUUCUCAAGAUCACAGUUCAGUGAUUUUAUUUUACAGACAAUACUGUGUGUCUGUAGAACGCUAAGAACCUCUUUCCAACAAUAUUUGAAACUCAAAAUGUGUUUCGGAGUG